AGCUGGAGAGAAAUGAAACCUCCCAACAGCCAAUCAGAGAGAUUCCUCUCACCGACCGCCGAUUCAACAUGUGGAAUCGUCUGAAAAAAGGCAGGUGGGGGCCGACAUGUAGCGAUGGAGCCACACUUCACAAAAAACUAGAGAGACCGACGACGGUCUCCUUGGUGUGUCAGGGCCUUGAGGGUGGAAGGGGGGUAAGGGUCGGGAGGUGAAUGAAAGAAGGACGAUGGACUGGUGUCAGCCGAUGUAGAAACGAUGUGAUGAGACCAGAGGGGUCGAGACUCUGGGUCGGGGGUCGUCUCUUUGUUGCUCUCUGUAUGGACCCUCGUGGUUCCUGGGGCGGGAUGUGAAACCAGCGUCAGAGGAAUAGGAGUGAUGAAGGCUUAAGUAUGUAUGAAAUGGAAAUGGGUUGUGUUUGAGGCGUGGUCUUUGUUCCUGAACCAAGUUUAAAAGACGAUCUUUAAUGAUGUCACAGCAUAGCUAAACGCUGAGAUUGAACAAAGCCAUGGAAACACUUUCUUUAUCUCCUGUACAAAAUACUUCCUUUGUGGGCAACAAUUUGCCUUAAGAUAAUUCUUUGAUUGGUCUUUUUGUUGUUAAUUACUUUUAGUUUUUGCUAUGAGUAUAUUUUUGCCUGCACUGAGGAAAAAAGGGAGACACAUUGGUGUUACUAAAAAUGUGUUUAUUUUGUAUGACUAAAAGAAAUACUCAACUUUUGCCUGCUCCGAUUUUCAGAAAAUGUGUGCUCAAACUUCUCACACAUGUUUUGAGGAGCUCUGAGACUUAUUUAAAGUGGUUGAAGAGAAGGAGGAUAUGUGACCUUUAAAGGAGAGAAAGAAAACAAUGCUGGAGAGAAGAAGUCUGGGUUAAAUUGCUUCACCUGUUAAGUAUAAAUAACAAAAGUGAAACACCUUUGCAGUGAUCUGAAUGAACGAGGUGAAUCCUCUGAGUACCAAGAAUGUCUGUGCAACAUUCAAACCCAAGUGGACAAAACGAUUGGACUGACAGACAUUGAUGUCCACAGAGAAACUCUGCUAGUGUGUCUAAAGACAUCAGAGAAAGUCAUGUUGAUGUGGACUUCAGAGAAACUCAUCAUGUGGCUGAAAUAUGAUCCUGGUUCACAAUCUGGAGUCCUUCAGCAGCAGACAGGUUUUUGUAUCAGUCUGUUUCACUGUGGGAGUACACAUCUUCAGCUCUGGGACUAAACUGUUUGUCACAGAUGAGCAGGUGGUGAAACCCGUUGUGAGCUUGUACCCGGCAGCAUCGAGAGCCCAGCUGGAGGAGAAGAGCUCUCUACUGUGUGUGGCCUCAGCCAUGUUUCCUCCUCUGGUCCAGAUCUCCUGGAAAAAACAGAAAGGGAGUGAUCCUCUGGAGGAUGUGAACCCUGCUGAUGUGAAGCAGCAGGAGCUGAGGGAGUCGGGGUGCAGCGCCUCCAUCUUGACGAUCCCUCAGAGAAAGUACAACCCUUAUAAAUACCUCUGCUCAGUGCAGCAUCAGGGGGGCACAGUGACUGCUCAAACAGAAAUAGUGUCCUUUCAGACUCAGUGCAAGGUGAAGCUGCUGAUGCUGCUGUACACGGUGCUGAUACUGAAGAGUCUGGUGUACUGCUGUGGACUCUCUCUGCUGAGGAUCUUCAGAAACGACAAACCGUUCAUCCACUGAACAUGUGCUGACUGAUUGUCUUCUGAUGUUGCGUGCCGUAGUGUUUUGUAGUUUUUAUGAAAGAAGUUGUUUGUGAAAAAGUAAAGCUCUAUGCUGAUGACACUGUGUUUUUUGUACAUAAAUGAACGUACUGCAGGGUGGGCUACCAUUAUCAAUUUAUUCCAUUUACAGCUUUUAUCAGCAGUCCAAAAUGUUGUCUAAGAAGUCUAAUACCUCAAUCUUAUGGGUUUAUCUUCUUACUCCUGUAGUUCACACAUAUAUAACAAAAAUAAAAAUGAUUCAAGCAGAUUAUUUAAAAGUACAUCACCAGGCGUGGGGGCAUGUACAAUCAGAAAUUGAAUCAGAAUAACUUUUAUUGCCAAGUAAGGCCUGGCUAAUGUGAGAGCCCACACAUGACAACAAGUAAUGAAAGAUUUACCAGUUCAGUUCUUUUAGUGUGUGUGGAGAGCAACGUGAUGACCGACUCAGCUAUCACACUCACAGAUUAAUUCAACAACAGUCUCCACUCUCAGAACUCGUGAUCUUGCACAGUAAGAUUGGCUAUUCUGUUCAAAGUGACAAUUCACAGAGUCCAUGCUCGGCCGUCCUCGGUGUUCUCCCCACACAACAGGAUGUCUGACAAUUUAAAGUUGGGGCACCGAGGUUAAAAUUACACACUUUACACCACAGGAACAUCUGGUGAGAUAAUCUUUGGAACCGUCAGAUAAUCAGGCUUUUGCUGAAUUUGGUCAGACGUGGAGCAUCGGCCCCAAAAUCGGCCCGAUUAUCUUGUUGUGUGUACCCCACUUAAUGUUACAUAUAUAACACAAACGUCUAUCAGAUUGUAUCAAAUACAGAAGGAAUUUGUCUUGGUGUUAUUGGUGCAUUAUUGUUUAUAAAACUCACAUGAACAGCAGUACUGCUACUGUCAAGAAGUGUAGAAAUACUGUUACAUACCAGCAUAAAUAUAAAGCUAAAUCAAAUAAAAGAGUAAAAGAUGUGUCUUUGGUGUAUGAAAGGAGCUGUAAGUGUUUUGUUUUUCUUUUUAAAUAAAAGUCUGUGCUUUUAAGGAUUUCAGUUAGCUUCACAAUAAAUAUGUAAAAACACGA